CCUCCGCCCGGUACCAAGAUGGCGGCAGAAGCAGCUGGUGGGAAAUACAGAAGCACAGUCAGCAAAAGCAAAGACCCCUCGGGGCUGCUCAUCUCUGUGAUCAGGACCCUGUCUACCAGUGAUGAUGUGGAAGAUCGGGAGAAUGAGAAGGGGCGCCUCGAAGAAGCCUAUGAGAAGUGCGACCAUGACCUGGAUGAGUUGAUUGUGCAGCACUACACGGAAUUGACGACAGCCAUUCGCACGUACCAGAGCAUCACAGAGCGCAUUACCAACUCCCGAAAUAAAAUAAAGCAGGUAAAAGAGAAUCUGCUCUCGUGCAAGAUGCUGUUGCACUGCAAAAGGGAUGAGCUUCGGAAAUUGUGGAUUGAAGGAAUUGAACAUAAGCAUGUCCUGAACCUGCUGGACGAGAUUGAGAAUAUCAAGCAAGUGCCUCAAAAGCUGGAACAGUGCAUGGCGAGCAAGCACUAUCUCAAUGCCACGGACAUGCUGGUGAGAGGUCAUUUCCGCUCAGCCGGGGGAGCCCUCGCUCUUGUUCCCGGAAUGCUGGCUUUCAGGGAGCACAUUACAAACUGCCCUCUUGGGGUUCACAGGCCCUUGCAGAAAAUUCCUGGAAAGAUAGUGCUGACAUUGAUAAAAGGAAUUACCUAUGAGAAAUGGAAAUGCUAUUUCUCAGCUCAGUUUGAUUUAACAAACUUCUAUGAACAUUUGCUCUUUGCCAGGUACUGUGCCAGCUGUGGGGGUUAUAGAGGAACUAAACAGCCUUAUAUUGGAAGAAAAGAAUUAUGGGAACUCUGUCAGUUUAAUUCCAGCUCCCUUAUAAAAGAUGCUUCUCCUGUUCCUCUGAUUGAUGUUACAAACCUUCCUACUCCUCGAAAAUUCCUUGAUACCUCUCAGUUUUCUACUCCUGGAAGCUCAAGUGUAAGGGAGAUUAACCUGCAGGAUAUCAAGGAGGAUUUGGAAUCGGAUCCAGAGGAGAACAGCACCCUUUUUAUGGGCAUCCUCAUCAAGGGACUGGCCAAACUGAAGAAGAUUCCAGAGACCGUUAAGGCAAUCAAAGAACGCUUGGAGCAGGAGCUACAGCAAAUUGUGAAGAGGUCUACAACCCAGGUGGCAGACAGUGGCUAUCAGAGGGGAGAGAACCUCACUGUGGAGAACCAACCAAGGUUGCUUCUAGAACUGCUGGAGUUGCUCUUUGACAAGUUUAAUGCUGUAGCCACUGCACACUCCGUGGUCCUGGGGUACCUGCAGGACACAGUUGUGGCUCCCCUUACUCAGCAGGAAGACAUCAAAUUGUACGAUAUGGCGGACGUGUGGGUGAAGAUCCAAGAUGUUCUGCAGGUGAGGUCCUUUUACAAAUACGGUGCCAUCUUGCUUUGGAAUAACAGGUUGGGAUGAAAAAUCUGCCACCUAAAAUAUUCCCUUACUCACAAACAGUGAGAAAGCAAUGUUGCUAGCUGAUGUCAUCAACUUAUAUCAUCUUCAAAAAAGACCUUUUAACUUUUUUUUGCCAGGCUUUAAAAUUAGGAGAUUCUCAGUAUGUAGCAAUCAAGGAUGUACAGUAUUUGGCUUUCUGUUGUAACGUACUUGGCUUCACUGGGAUUAGUCAUAUAUUAAGGCAAUCAAUAUUAAAAUGUUCUUAAACAGUGUUUUAUAAACAUGUAGCUUAGUUUUAUGACCAUUUUCCUACAGUCGUCUCUUGCAUAUAUUGGGGUAAAUGACAGGUCAAGAGCUUGUUUUGAGAGAUGAAAAUAACCGUAAGGUAUAAAUGUAUCACUUUGAUUUGUUGAAGAUCGGAGAAAUGUUAUUACUCUUUGGUAUGAUGGUGCAGAGAUGGUAUUUAGAAAUUUUAUUAUAUUUCCUCUCCAUGUGCUAGGAAAAUAUAUUUGAUUUGGCUAGAUGAGAAUUGGAAAUACGAUUAAGAGUUAGCUGAAGCAAAUUUGACAUAGCCAAAUGGAAGUGACUUGGUUAGAUAGUACCUACUAAUAUGAAAAAAAUCAAGUAUAUGUAGGAAAUUGAAAAAUAUAACUGUGUAGGAUUGAAAUUACUUGCAUGGCAAAUAGGAGUAUUUGCAGGAAAAAAUAAAUCAUGAAUGUAAAUUGUAGUCAUUUUUAAGAGUAUAAGGUGUGUCCUGUUGGAUUGAAUGAUGGGUUCUUGGUUAUUCAUUCAUUAGACAUUUUUUUUGGUGCAGUGUUUGUACUUUAUUGAUGGCUCAGUGAAAAGAAUAUAGGUUGCAACUACAUGCCCUGAGUUCCUUUUGCUGCUUUGUCUAUUACCAUGUGUCCAUAGUAGGUGCUUGAUGAGUAUUUGUCUAUUGAAUAAAAUAUCUUUAUUGCUUAGAAACUGGUUCUUACACUGAGAUACCACCUUACACC